AUCUAACUUUUCCGAUCGCGUUCUAUCGUAGGUGAAGUGCGGCAAUGGCUGCUGUUUACUCUGGCAUUUCCCUUAAGCUUAAAAGCAAGAGGACUUCCUGGGAAGACAAGCUAAAGCUAGCGCACUUCGCUUGGAUUUCUCACCAGUGCAUUCUUCCGAAAAAAGAGCAAGUGUUACUUGAUUGGGCCAGCCAAUCAUUAGUCUCAUUUUAUAAGAAGAAACUUGAACUGAAGGAGGACAUUGUUGAAAGGCUCUGGGUCUAUGUAGAUAACGUUCUGCGUAGCAAAAAGCUGCAGCACCUCCUCAAGAAUGGAAAGACCGUCACCCUCCAGGUCUCCCUGGUCAAGGUCAUCAAUGAGAGAAUCGCCGAGUUCUCCCUUUCGGGAUCCCAGAGGCACGUCGGUGCCGUGCUCAGCUGCUGCCAGGGCGUCCUGUCCACGCCGGCCCUCGCUGUCAUCUACGCGGCCCGGCAGGAGCUGCUGGUGGCCCUGCUGAGCCAGCUGUGCUGGGCGGCCUGCCGGCAGCCGGAGGCCUCCGCGGCGGUGGCGGCCCUGCUGUUCGAGGUCAUGCACCUGGCCCUGGGCCAUUACCUCUCGGUCCAGCAGCAGCAGGUCAACCCCAGGCGGGCCUUCGGGGAGGUGACCGGCCACCUGCUCCAGCCCUGCCUGGUCCUCAGGCACCUGCUCUCGGGGGGCGCGGGGGCGCAGGCCGGCCCGGGCCAGCUGCGACCGGCCCUGAGCCGGGACCUCCGGAGCCAGCUGGAGGCCGUGCUGCGCGGCGGAGCCUUCCAGCCCGAGCUGCUCUCGUCCUACCAGGAGGAGCUCUUGGACCAGCUGCUGCUCGCGCACACCUGGGCCCAGGUGGACGCCACGUUCGGCCUGAACUGCAGCCAGUACCGUGCCGCGUCGUCGUCGUCGGGGGUUCUCUCGGCCGAGGCCGCGGAGAGCUCGGGCCUCCCUCCGUUGCUCCCGGGCGUGGAAACACGCAGCUGGAGGAAGAUGGGAAAGGCCGCGGCCCGGUUUGACUCCGUCGGCAGGUACUGCCUGGAGCAGCUCCACCUGCAGAAGAUGAAGAGGACUUUAGUGCAGACAGGUUCGCAGUCCGAAGCGGCCCUCCAGGCCCUGAGGGCCGAUGCCGCCUACAUCCUGGCUUCCGGCCGGGAGGGCCGUUUUCUGCAAAACCGAGAGGCGUGUCAGGAGCAGCCCGUGGCCUUGGCGGUGGUCGAGCCCAUCCUGGACGUCCUGGCGGCCCUGCUGCGCCAGGGGGAGGAGACCAUCCGCAACCCACACCACGUCAGCCUGGCCUUCAGCGUCCUGCUGGCCGUGCCCCUGGACCGCCUGAGGCCGCCGGAGUUCGGGCGCGUCUUCCCGCGGGUGCACAGCGUGCUCUUCACCAUCCUGCAGUGUCACCCCAAGGUGAUGCUGAAAGCCGUCCCCUCCUUCCUGAACUGCUUCCACCGGCUGGUGUUUUCGGUGAUGCAUGAAGGCCGGCAGAAGGAUAAAGGCGGCGCGGAGGACCUGGCCGGGGUGCUGGCGUGCGCCCGCCUGGUGGAGAGGAUGUACAGCCACAUCGCCGCCCGGGCCGAGGACUUCACCGUGUUCUCCCCCUUCAUGGUAGCCCAGUACGUGACGGAGGUGCAGAAGGUCACCUUGUACCCGGCCGUGAAGGGCCACCUGCAGGAGGGCAUCUACCUCAUCCUGGACCUCUGCAUCGAGCCCGACGUGCAGUUCCUGCGCGCCUCGCUGCCGCCCGGAGUGCGGGACGUCUUCAAGGAGCUGCACAACGACUACGUCAAGUACCACCGGGCAAAGCGCGAGGGCGAAAGGCGGUAUGCCGUCUGAGGACACGCGGGGAGAGGCGGUGCGCCGUCUGAGGACACGGGGGGAGAGGCGGUAUGCCGUCUAAGGACACGCGGGAGAGGCGGUACGCUGUCUAAGGACGCGGGGAGAGGGUACACCAUCUAAGGACACGCGGGGAGAGGCGGUACGCCCUCUAAGGACAUGCGGGAGAGGCAGUGCGCCAUCUAAGGACACGCGGGGAGCGGCGGUACGCCAUCUAAGGACGCGCGGGAGAGGCGGUGUACAGUGUAAGGACACGCGGGGAGAGGCAGUGCGCCAUCUAAGGACACGCGGGGAGAGGCGGUACGCCAUCUAAGGACAUGCGGGAGAGGUGGUGUACAGUGUAAGGACACGCGGGGAGGGGCGGUGCGCCGUCUGAGGACGCGCGGGAGAGGCGGUGGCAGGAAGACCUGGUGAAUGAAAGGCUUCGAUGUCCAGUGGGAAAUACGUGGGUUAUUUAAUAUGUGCAUUGUAUUUGACAGCCAUGUUUUUCACACAUACCUUUUCACGCAGUAAGUACUGCAGUAGCGUCCCGAAAACACACCUUAGAACGAGGUGGACUCAGUGAACAAUUGCCCAGCCACUUGUGGCCAUUCCAGGUGUGGUUCUUGCCUAGCUCAGUCCCUUCUCCCCAUCAAGAACUGUGUUGAACUUGUAAUUAAAGUCCUAUUAAAAUACCUCUGCCUCU